AAUGUGGGGAAUAAAGGAGUAAUAUAUCCUGUAUUGGACUGGAUGACUGUGUAUAUCUGUCGAAGCUGGAGGGGUCCUCUCCCUCCCUCCCUCCUUUGUGCUACUCAUCGUGACAGCUGUGUACGUCUUGACUGGCGAGGAAGACGUGCCUUUCACCUCAUAGCGACAGAUGGCCUUCGCCUGGGCAAGCUUCCCAAAAAUACGGCAUGUGGAAGGCAUUAAGGGACGUCCACGUGCCAGACGGUCAAGCCGGUGCCUCUCUGUCCACCUCUCCCCUUCUAAAGCAACAGGAGAACUAGUCCCGGCAGUAGCCUUUUGACAAUUGUUGAAUUAAUAAACACUUAGCCGGCUACAUUUUGGAGAAAGAUAGGUAGACAGACAGAUAAAUAGAGACAGACACAUAUCGGUGUUUCACUUUGGUUAAAUCUAGGGUUUGGAGUGAAUGGUGUUAGAUUCAACACGUAGGGUUCAUUUACACUGUAGGAUUAAUGUACUCUUGAUACACUAUAACUACCAUGGUGCUAUGCUACGUAAUCCUGGGAUUUGUAGUUUGGUGAGGCACCAGCUAAAGACCUUGAAAAUCUUCAGUUCCCUGGAUCCAAUAGCAUUGAGCCACAGCAGUUAAAGUGGUGUAAACUGCGCUUAUUCUUCUGUAUAGAUGCGCCCUGGGAUUAAAGUCCAAAGAAGAGGGAAUAUUCCUUUUAUGUCCCAGUUUGGUAGCUUUUGAACUCUACCAAACUUUCUGUAGAAGGAAUAUCGGGCAAGGAGCUCUAGUUCUGCGAAUAUUAUCUUUAGCCUCCAGUCAGGGAAGUAUUUUACUCCCUUUUGUGAAGGAACAGGAAGACAGAUGCUGCAACAAUUUGGCGUUGUUUCUGCAGAUUUUGCAGUGGAUUAUGGACAAAGAGUUUUAUCUUUUAAGCUCAGUAACCCAGUCCAAAGUCUUCCAUAUACAAUUUAAUACAUCAUCAAAUCAAUCCCUUCUUAUUUGUGUUACUACCUUUUAUUACAGUGUGAUAUAACAAGCAAAAUCAUGAAUUGCCUGGAAGACGUCCCUUUCCGAAUGACCAUAGAUUUUGUCGAUGCUUCCAUGGGUGAGGAGAACUUCGUGUCUGCACCUGAAUUCGAGAUGCCCAACUGUACUGACAUCCUGAUGUGCACAAUGCAUGAUUUCUCCCUUGAGAAGAAGGUUCUGUAUUGGAUAGCUUCUGCCUCUCGGGAAGACAUUCCCUGGUACCAAGUGACCACUGAUGUGGUCCCGACAGCUCCCCCGUGUUGGCUGCUACUGGUGGACUCGAAAGAGUACUUGGCUGAUGACAACGAAAUGACUGGCAGCAAAGUCAAGGACAUAACACCGGUUCAGAGGUGUGUGCGGCUGGUCAUGGCAGCCGAGACCUUUAGCUAUGCCAGGAACAAAAAUCAAGAGAAAGAGGACCUCCAUUCUGAGGAGUGUUCAGAUGGUGAAGAGUCUUCCUCAACGAACUGUGUCAAAAGCUAUGGAGAAGAGGGGCCUUCAUCCGACAAGAUUGACAGCGUUCCCAGCACCUUGCCUCAAUUCCUAAGCCUUCCGCAAUGCAGACCGAAGACCUCCCCAGGGCCCAUGGAGACCCCGAUAGAGAGCGCUUGCUCAAAGCCUCCUCCUCUGAAACAGAGGCGCUCCAUGUUUUUGUUCAGCAGCAUGAAGAACGAGUUGGAAGGAGCCAAAAAGAAGCUGGCUGCCUUCAUGCAUCCUCUGAACCAGACGUCGGCAGAGCCCACCUUGGCCUCUAGGGCUUUCUCCCUCCACCAGCGCUCCCGGAGCAGUAGGAGCCUCCGAUACGGGACAUCCUCAGACUUAUCCCUGGUGGGGACCCUGACACCCACACCACCAUUGACUCCACGCUGUGGUCCAAGGCCCCUGACGGCUGCAGGCGGGGUCCCUCCAGUCCAAAGGCACAAGCCCACAGUUCCAUCCCUCAGUCCAUAUUCCUGCCUUCCUGGGGUCCAACGGGCUCCCGUUUCUGAGAAAUAUCAGCCCGAUUCCACAUCAGACUUGCUUUCGGCUCUGAGCCAAGAGGAGCGGGACCUCAUAGAGCCAGUUUUAGCCUUGGGCUACCCCAUACGCCGGGCCAUCCUCGCUCUCCAAAAGACUGGGAGCCAAAGUUUGGGGCAGUUUCUCAGCUACCUCAGCGCCUGUGACAAACUAUUGAAGCAAGGCUAUGAAGAGGCCCAGGUGGAGGAAGCCAUGGAGAUGUUCCAGAACUCAGAGAAGAAGGCGUCCGAAUUCCUUCACCUCCUGAUGCAGUUCAACGACAUGGGCUUCCAGCAAGCCGACAUCAAGGAAGUCCUCCUUUUGUGCGAAAACCACCGAGACCUUGCUCUGGAAGAACUCAUGGCCCGAACCCAGUAAACGUCACCUUUUUUGUGUGUGUCAUGAACCAAACAUAUACAGUAUUUGGCCAGUUCUAAGCAGUAAAUGCCAUAUGCAGUUUUUCAAGGCAUGCUUCCAAAUACUGACUGCAAACUUACGAUGCAUCUAAACAGUAGAAUUAAUGCAGUUUGACACUGCUAGAACUGACACUACUCAAUGCUAUGGAAUCGUGGAAUGAAUGCUAGUGUAAUGGAGAUAAAGUUACAAAUCCAAAAAAAGCAGGGCUUGCGUUUUGCUGUUUGGUUUGCGGCUGGGAAGAAUUAACCAUCGGCAUUAAAACGGCACCAUCUGGGAUGAGAUCAGCAUCGUUUAAUGCAGAAAAAUAAAUGUUUUCUUCAAUUCUAUCCCAGCAAACGCAGCCUAGGAUCUGAGUCAGCCCAUGUUUGUUAUGUAGCCACAAAUUCCCUGACUAUUUAUAGCCAGUCUCAAACAGAAUUGCUGGGAAUAUAAAACCUAUGAACAGGCACCCUCCUUGUUCAAACUAUUCAAAUACACUAAGGUUCAAAUGCAAGGAGGCGACCCCAAAUAGGUUGCAUGGAAAAGCAUUUAUUUGUAUCAGAAACAAUAUUGCUCAGGUACCUUCAGGCCAGGAGCCCCCACUGAUGCAGCAGAGUACACCACUGAGCUGCUGAACUUGCUGACCGAAAGGUUAGCGGUUUGAAUCCAGGGAGCGUGGUGAGCUCCCCUGUUAGCUCCAGCUUCUGCCAACCUAGCAAUUUGAAAACAUGCAAAUGUGAGUAGAUCAAUAGGUACCGGUUCGGCAGGAAGGUAAUAGCACUCCAUGCAGUAAUGCCGGCCACAUGACUUAUGAGGUGUCCACGGACAAAGCCGGCUCUUCAGCUUAGAAAUGGAGAUGAGCACCAACCCUCAGUUGGACAUGACUGGACUUAAUGUCAGGGGAAAACCUUUAUCUUCAGGCCAGAUCUCAGUCUCUUUUGGCUCAGCAGGACACAUACUUGCUGAAUUUGUGGGUCAUUUUGGGACAAAAAUGUAUAAAUGAUCAAAAUGCACUCAGUUUGUAGGUUUGCUUUAAACACAUCACAUGCCUGUCUAUCACAUAUCUACUGGCAUUAAAUAUUCUCUUUUCCAAAAACAGUAAACAAGCAGUCCCCAAGUUACGAACAAGAUAGGUUCUGUAGGUUUGUUUUUAAGCUGAAUUUGUUUUAAAAGUAUAAGUCCAGUCAAAUAUACAAAUAUAUAUCUA